CUUCCAUACAACCCGUCACUCUAAGCCCAACACAUCACCCUAACAAAAACCCUAAUUGUGCUCUUUUACUUUCCUUCACUCUCUCUGCACCUUGAAUCUCAGAAACCCUAGAGAACAAAAUGCCUUUCAAGAGAUUCGUUGAGAUUGGAAGGGUUGCUCUGAUCAACUAUGGACCAGAAUAUGGUAGAAUCGUUGUCAUCGUUGAUGUCAUUGACCAAACCAGAGCUCUUGUUGAUGCUCCUGAUAUGGAGAGGUCCCCUAUAAAUUUCAAGAGGCUCUCACUCACAGACAUCAAGAUCGAUAUUAAGAGAGUUCCGAAGAAGAAGGAUCUCAUCAAAGCCAUGGAAGCUGCUGAUGUCAAGAACAAGUGGGAGAAGAGCUCAUGGGGCAGAAAACUGAUUGUGAAGAAGAGAAGGGCAGCCCUCAAUGAUUUUGAUAGGUUCAAGAUCAUGUUGGCAAAGAUCAAGAGGGCAGGCGUUGUUAGGCAGGAGCUUGCUAAGCUGAGGAAGACUGCAGCUUAGGCAUUUAUUAUUGAUCAAUUUUUGAAUUUUCCUAUGAAUUUCUUUGGAUACAUCUUGGUGUGUUUUAUGAGAUUCUAUGUAAUCAUUGAGUGACGUCCUAGAAAGAUUUAUUUUGAGAGUUCAUAUUAGUGAUGUUAGUUCCCUCAAGUUGCAUAUCGGUUUUGCAUUGGCCUUUUGCUUGCUUAUGGUUUGCAUAUUUUGCUUUUCAAGUUGUUCUUAUGCUGAUAGAAAUCUCAAGCUGCAGAGGAUGUUAACUCCUGUAUUUUUAAUGUCAUUUUUUUUGCGUCUCUA